AUGGCCGCAGUAACCGACAAGGUGCUCGCAUGGCUGUACAGCGUGCUCCAUGAGUACCACGACCCGCAACGAACAUACUCCGACACUGCACGCGCCCUCGCUCUGUACCCCUCCCUCGCGCCGCGCACCGAAGUCUACACACACGAAAAUGGCACGUCCGCCUUGCUGUUGACCGUAUCGGGCACUUUACCUGUCGCAUUUCGCGGGACUACAUACCAUUUCCCGGUGAAGUUAUGGGUGCCUCACGCCUACCCAUACGAGGCCCCAAAUGUCUUCGUCACUCCAGGGAAAGACAUGUUGGUGAGGCCCGGGCAGCAUGUGGCUGUGGACGGGAGGGUGUAUCAUCCAUAUCUGAGGGACUGGGGCAGGAUGUGGGAGAGAGCGAGCAUAUCAGAGCUGGCUGAGUGCUUGCAACAGAUCUUUGGGCGAGAACCACCAGUUGUCAGUCGCGCCCAGCAAGAUCAACAACACCCUCGCCCUAUACCGCAAGCGCAUCCAGGAGUUCCUCCGCCUCCGCCAAAACAGCCUGUUGGGGCUGCAGGACCUGCGAGGAGUGCAGAUCCGAAUGCUCCUCCUCCUCUGCCUCCAAAGCCCGGCGCGACACCAGCUCCUGGUGAGGAAUAUGCAGAGACAACGCGGGACGUUUCCAGAGAUGGGCCUCCUUUGCCGCCGCUUCCUGGCGAGAUGCCUCGUAACCAGCGUAUAUCUUCACUCUCCUCGAAUGGCUACCGACCAGCAUCUAUAAGCCCUGCGCCACCAUACGCUGCUCCCUCGCCAGGACAGCAGAAUGGACAAGCGACAGGUCCUUCAUUUCCACAUCAUCAACAUGCGCAGUACCAGCAGUAUACACGUGCACAAGACAUCAGCCCUGUCUCACCCAUAUCACCGCCACGAGGUGUCCAAGAAUUGCCCUCAGGUAGACACGCACAGCCCGCGCCUCUUCCUGCACCUCAGUUCCAGCCUCAACGCCCAAUCCAUCAGACGUAUCAGAACCCACCCUCACAGCUUCCUCAGCAACAGAUUCCGCAAUACGGACAGUCGGCACACGGCCAGCAACGAACCUAUGCACAGCAGCAACCAUCUGUCUACCAACAGCCGCAACCACAGCCAGCUCAGAUGAAGCAGCCUGCUCCUGAUCUGCUGACAGACCCCUUCGACAUCGCAAUGCCUGGACCUGAGGCGCAACGAAACAUGCCAGCUCCGCCGAUUCCUCCUAAUCCGGAAAAGGAGCACUUACUACAGGCUCUCUCCUCGACCUUGGUACAGCAAGCACAGCAGAAAGUAAAUCAAAAUCUGUCUGCCAUCGCUCCUCUACAGGCUCAACAGCAAGCCAUAUAUGCUGCACAGCAGCGCAUGGACGCCGAGAUUCGACAACUCGAGCAUUUGGAAAAGGCAUUGUCCAAUAAUGAAUCCAUACUCCAUCGCAGCAUUCAAGAUUGUGAUCGUACUAUCGCUACUGCCAAAUCAAAGAAGCAACCACCCAUUGACGACGUGUUGAUCGCACCAACGAUGGUUGCGAACCAGCUCUGGACCCUUUGUGCGGAAGAGGCUGCCUGCCGCGAAGCCAUGUAUGUUCUGCAGAAAGCCAACGAUCGUGGACGAGUCAGUGGCGAUGUCUUCAUCCGGCAGAUGCGAGGAUUGGGCCGAGAGUGUUUCCUCAAGAUGGCCCUUGCGAGAAAAUGCGCUACCGGAAUGGGCUUGGAGCUGAGGAGGUGA